AGUCGGCACAGCUGUUUGCCUGUCUACGAACAUUGUGAAUAGCCAGACGCUAACGCCAUUGUGUACGCUUACGUGCCGUCGCACGAGCUGUAAACUGUAUCGACAAUGAGCGCCAGCAAAGAUGCCGCCGGCGCAGCCCCUACCGCCAGCAAAGAGGCGAGUACACCCGUCAUCAGAGUAAUGGACGUGGAGAAAAUGGUUUCGCUGAAGACGAAGCGAACUGGCACACGAUUGAAGCUACUCAACGAGGUGACUGCAAAGGCCACUCGACCCAAGCAGGAGAAGCGCACCAGCAUCAAGAUACUCAACAACGAUGAAGCCCAGGGCAGCUCGAAAGCCGGUGAGAAGCGUGCCACGCCCAAAGUUGCCAGUCCAGGUGUGAAAAUACUAAAUGAGAAGCGAAUUGGCCCCUCUGCCGCAGCAAUGGAAACGGCCAAGAUAAAGACAUCGCCCAGCAAGAAGAAGAAGAUGGAUCAUUACGUCCUGCAGGCUAUCAAGAGCGAGAACAGCAAAGCGGAUAACACGACAAGUGUCGUGGUGGUCGAGGAUGAUGACACCAUUGACUUCAUACUGGCCGACGAUGAUGUUGAGCUCGGCGAUACCGCCAAAGAGAAUGGCGAAGAGUUUGUGGUGUCUGGUGUUGAGGAUGAUGAUGACGACGACGAUGACGAUGACGACGAGGAUGGGCCAAGCGGAGGUGCUAGCGGAACAAAGCGCAAAAGCGGCAACAGCAACAACAACAAUGAGCUCAAAGAAAUGGUCGAGCACGUGUGCGGCAAAUGCUACAAGACAUUCCGUCGCGUCAAGAGUCUGAAAAAACAUUUGGAGUUCUGCCGCUACGACAGUGGCUACCACCUGCGCAAGGCGGAGAUGCUCAAGAACCUGGACAAGAUUGAGCGCGACGCUGUAGUUAUGGAGAAGAAGGACAUCUGUUUCUGUUGCAGCGAGAGCUACGACACUUUUCAUCUGGGCCACAUCAACUGUCCCGACUGCCCCAAGUCGUUCAAAACGCAAACGAGCUAUGAGCGUCACAUUUUCAUCACGCACUCGGAGUUCAACGAUUUUCCAUGCUCCAUUUGCAAUGCCAAGCUGCGCAGCUCUGCGCUGCUGAAGUUGCACGAGCAGCAGCACCAGUCCAGGGGCAAGCCCUUCGCCUGCAAGAUCUGCGGCAAGGACUUUACGCGCUCGUAUCAUCUGAAGCGCCAUCAGAAGUAUUCAUCGUGCUCGGCCAACGAGAACGACACCAUGAGCUGCAAGGUGUGCGACCGUGUCUUCUAUCGCUUAGACAAUUUGCGCGCCCAUCUCAAGCAGCAUCUGGGAACCCAGGUGGUGAAGAAACCGGAGUACAUGUGUCACGUGUGCAAGAACUGCUUCUACAGUCUGUCCACGCUCAACAUUCACAUACGCACACAUACGGGCGAGAAGCCGUUCGAUUGCGAUUUGUGCGACAAGAAGUUUUCGGCUUUGGUAGCGCUCAAGAAACACCGUCGCUAUCACACGGGCGAGAAGCCCUAUACCUGCACAGUGUGCAGUCAAUCUUUUGCGGUGAAGGAGGUGCUCAAUCGCCACAUGAAACGGCACACGGGCGAGCGUCCGCACAAGUGCAACGAGUGCGGCAAAAGUUUCAUACAAGCCACACAGCUGCGCACGCAUUCCAAGACGCACCUGCGUCCCUACUCCUGCUCAUUGUGCAUUCAAAAGUUUAAAACAGAGAAACAGCUCGAGCGCCAUGUCAAGGAACACUCGCGUCAGAAACGCCCCUCGUUUGCCUGCACGGAAUGCACACGAAGUUUCCGCACCAGCGCACUGCUCAAGGAGCACAUGGACGCUGGCGAUCAUUCGCCUGCUAAGCCGACUCGGGCUAAACGUUCGGCCAAGGUGAUCGAGCGCACGGACUGUGCCAUUUGUGACAAGAACUUCGACAGCACUGACACUCUCCGUAAUCAUAUACGCAAUGUGCACGAGUGCGAUCCGGAUGAUAUUUUCGGUACAGAGCCCCCUGCCAAGCGCAAAGCUACCAAAAAGGCCGUCGUGCUGGUCGAUGACGAAGAUGAGGCGAACGAAGAGAAAGACCAGGAAAAGGAAACGACGGCUGCCAAUACAUCAGCUGGAUCACUCAUCUCCAGCAAAACGGACGACAACGGAGUCGUGGUACGUGAGUUCUUGGUGGAUGAGGGCGAUGGUAAUGCGCAGACCAUUGUGCUCGAAAACGAGGUGUACACCAUAUUGCCCUUGGAGGGUGCGGCCAGCACAGCCGAACCGACGGCUGAAGGCGGCGAUGUUAAGGCCGAGUCCAAGGAGAAGCCACAGUCGGCUGUGUCGCCGACUGUCAAGAAGGAGCAGCGUAAAUCGUUGGCCGCCAGCUUAGCCGCUGCAAUUGCGGAUAAUCUAGAUGAGCCGUCAAGCGAGGAUGAGUUCAACGGCGAGGUGCUCACUGAGGAGGAUAUUAAGCUGAAGGAGAACAUUGCGAAACUAAUCGACAUGCUGGUCGAUCCGCAGACACUCAAGAAGUACGACUGGCCCAACAGCUCCGAGGAGUCGGUGCUGUGCAAGGUCAUUGAGAAUUGUGGACACGAUCUGGCCAAGGGCAGCGAAGCCUAUGCCGAGUUGGACUACGGCAGUCGCAUGCGUGAAUAUUGCAAGCUCCUGUUCACUGUUGUCAUUCACAAUGAUUCCAUAAAGGCACUGCUCAACAACUUUCCCAUCGACGAUGUUAUUGAGUAUGUGCUAGGCGACGAGGAUCAAGACCAGGAGCAGGAUGAGGAUCAGGAGACAGACAAGGGCAAAGAGAAGGAGCAUGAUGGAGACAAAUCGGACUCGGCCACUAGACAGGAUGAAGCUGACGAAGCUGAGGCCUAGGAUAACUCUGCAUCCUAUUUGUAAAUACCUGUAGAGGGUAUUCACCAGUCGGGCAGUAUGACAUGCAAUUCCUUAUGCAUGAAAUGGAAAAUAGCCCCCGGUGUGAAGUACCUAUUAUUUAAUUUGUUUAAGCAUGUUGGUUUCGGUUUCCACACUAAGUGACCUUAAAUAAUGAACGAUUAUAAUGUACCACCCA